GGCCCCCGUCCCUUCCCGUCCCGGUCCCGAGUGGCCGGGCUGAGCGCGGUGUCCGGCAGGCGGCGGCGCGGCGGGGCCCGGCGCGGGCGGAGCGGGACGCGCUGCGGCUGCUGGCGGAGCUGUGGCUGCGGCGGGCCCGGGACAGGGGCGGCGGCUCGGCCCGGCCCGGGCUCCUCAUCUACCAGGUGGCCGAGACCGGCGACAGCCCGCAAUAAAGCGCGUGGACCCGGCUCGGCUCGGCUCGGCUCGGCUCGGCUCUCCCCUCACCCCCGCCCCGCGGGACACGGCGGCGGGAGACUCUCCCGGGCUGGCUGCAGCGCGGGGCUCGUGACACACGCUCCAGUGGGCGGGGCCGGGGCGGGGGGCGGGGCCCGGGCGGGGAGAGACCGACCGAGGGACCCGCCGGACAGACCCGGGACCGGGGGCGGUCUCCCCCCGCCUGUUGCAGCCGCCGGCCGCGAUGCGCCCCCCGGCCGCGCCGCCGCCGCUGCUGCUCCUGCUGCUGCUCGCCGCCGGCCCGGCCCGGAGCCCCGAGCCCCCCGAGCCCGGCUGCCACCUCACCCCCUUCACGGUGACGCUGCGCGGCUCCGGGUCGUGCCGCGGGUCCCGAGCGCUGCGCGCCUGCGCGGGGCACUGCGAGUCCAGCGCCUUCCCCUCGCGCCGCGCCGUGCUGGAGGCAGCCGCGCACAACGUCACUUCCGCUUCGCGCUGCUGCACCAUCGCGCGCCUCGCCAAGGUGCGGGUGCGGCUGCAGUGCCCGGGUGGCGGGCGCGAGGAGCUGGAGAUGUUCACAGCCAAGGCCUGUCAGUGCGACAUGUGCCGCCUGUCCCGCUACUGACCCUGCUUCGCGGGGGGGCUGAGAACCCAGGGUCCGGGCUCCCAUCCCCCCCCUCCCAGAGCCGGGGGGAACCCAGGGGUCUGGGCUCCCAGCACUGCCCAGCCUACACCCCACACCUCCAAGCUGGAGAAGUGGGGCUAAGGAGCCUGGACUCCUGGGUUGCUUCCAGCUCUGCCAGCAGAAUAGGGCCUGGGGGGCCAGAGCAGGCAGGGGUAGGAGCCCAGCCGCCUGCAUUGUCCCCUCACUGCCCAGCAACUCGACUGACACUGCUCCCUGCACGCUCACAUGCGCCUCCCAUGCCUCAGUUUCCCUCUCUGCCCUCUCCCCCUGCAGCAGUAGGGCAGGGGGGGGCACAGCCUAAGCCCCCCCUUCUCUGUGAGGGGUUGCGGGGGGGGGGGGGGGGCAGCCAGGCCCUGCUCCCAGAGCUGUUUUCUGUGCUUCCGCACAUAAUAAAUGACCUUACGAAAAA